AUGGUUUAUUUCGAAGAUAAUUUUUGGGUAAGUUUUUGAAGUAUCCUUGAUUUAAUCUCGGGGGAUCAUGGAAGUUACAUACUGUUAAAGUUGUUUCGUGUGUCAUAAUUUGUUGACUUGUGUGUGAAAGUAUUAUUUUGAUUCAUGCUAAACACCGGAACGGCUGUGUCUUUUAAAGGGAGAGAAGAAUAAUGGCUACGAUGUGUUGUAUCAUACUAUGAAACAUGGCAUGAAUGCUAGUCGAGAACUGGCAGAAUUCAUCCGUGACAGGUCAGGCAAUGGAAAUGUUGAAACAUUCUUCCUUCAUUUACAAACUACACAAAAUAUUUGUUUACAUUCUGUUUGAAAUGUUUCACAUCAAUAUAUGUCAAAUAUAUUAAAUAUUUUCUGUAUUUUGAUUAACCAGACGUUAACGUUUGUUGUGAAUUUUAUAUUCAGAGCUACGAUUGAAGAAGGCUAUGCAAAAUCAUUGAGUAAAAUUUGUAAACCAACAAACGCUGGCAUAUCCCUGGGGUGAGUAUAAUAACUAUGCCUAAUAACUUUUGUUUUGAAUGGAUAAAUUGUAAUCUUAUUAAAAUUUUGUUUUGGGUAAUAUGUAGAAAUAUAGUAUAGUAUACAAAGUGCCAGUCCUGUUAAUUGAUUUGUCAUGGAAAUCAAUAAUUUUCAAUCUUCAAAAUAUAUUCUAACUUAGUCUUAGAAAAUUUGUAGCAUCAUUGAAGCAUGACAUUUAUGCACACAUAGUCUGAACUUUAUUCUCACCUUAAACAUUAAUACACAAGACUGAAUGAAAUUCAAAAGAAAUGAAUUAAUGAAUGUGUGGCUAUAUAUGCAUGUUUUAUAGAGUGUGCUUCAUAAAUUCUGAAAAUAGAUAUCAAUUAGUAAGUACAAUCCAUGACAUGAACCCAGUUUCAGGGAAACAAUAUUGCCAGUCUCUAUUGUAUUAGACUGUCUACACCUGUAAAUUUGUGUCAGCAAUUAAUUACAAAACUGCCAGAAAGGUCCAUAUGUUCAGCUUUCAAGAUAUCCAUAAUUAUCAAUAAGUUUUUACAUAUCAGUAAUUACAUAUAUGUCUAUAAUUAUCAAUAUUUUUUACAUAUCAGUUAUUUGAUAGUGCGUGUUUAAUUCAUUGAGUACCAGUGCUCUCCCUUUGACAAGUAAAAUUGUCUGGCAUUAGAUAGAGUAAAAUAAUUAAGUAGGGUGCAUUGGGACACAAUGCAACUUAAUGGGUUAAAAAUGUUGAUCAGGGCGCAAUGCAACUCAAUAGGUUAAUACACAGACACAAUUCUAAUGGGGAUAUUAGUAGAUGUUGCAAUAAAUCAAUAAAUAUAAGUUUAUUUUAAUUAUCGGUUAUUUGAUAUUUGGUUUUUCAGAAUUAUAUUAAAUAUGUUAGGUAUUUGUGGUGUUAAGCAUACACCACAGCUUCUAGAUUGAACUUUUUAUGUUUACAGAAAUUGUUUUCAGUAGAAUUCUUUUAUAUGUAUACAAUACAAAACUUGAGACUAGUCAGUAGUUGUUUCAUCGGAAGAUUUUUUCCAUUUUUUGCCAAUCAGUUAUGUGUUAACAGCAGUGAAAUUUCUUCAAUAUUGAACAUGUAUUGGGAGAUUCUGUAGGAAUAGCCUGCGUAGCAGGCGGUAUUUGCGGGCACGAGAGAACGGGAAGCUAGAAAUGCCGCCUGCCCAAAAACUACACAUUCUGAGUUCUCUGGCAGCUGGGUGACGGAGCAUUCUGAUUGGUCGGAAUGUUGACUUUGAAUUUUUGAUUGACAGGAGUAAAGAAUAUAUUAGAAUACUUAGUGCUAAUUUUAGAAGUUACUCGGCCGUAUUAUAAACUAUUGUUAUUUUCGUAAUUGAUACCGAUAUAUUGAGUGAUGGCAUACACUAACGAAAAAAUAACAAAUGUAUUAAUUGAGAAUUAAGCGUUGAAUUCUUUAAUCUUUAUCUGGAAUCGGUAAUCUCAUCGUCUUGAAGAAUGAACAACAAAUAUCAAUCCAACAUUUGUUGCUUGAUAGAUGUGAUACCGUGAUAAAAGAUGCAUAUUUGAAGAUACAGGCUCGUAAAUGACACUCUAAGUAGUGUUUUUGAUAGCGAUUGGAACAAGACUAUUACAAAGAAGUUACGUCCAAAGGGGCCGAAGUUAUGUUCGGCGAAAGAUAUGGCUAGUAUAUAUUUUUGUUCAAGACAAGUAUAUAUACAAACUUGCUUGACUUUCAAAGCUCAUUACAUAAAUCGCUAUAAUGUUGACAUCGACUAAAACUAUCGCUAUGAAUGAGGACAUAUUGUUACACUGAAUCGAACGUGGUAUUUUUGUCUUCAUAGCAUUGAAUGAACCGAAGAUAUGAAACAUCAAAGCCGUAUAUUUUCCACUGGUGCAAAUGCAAUUGUGAGUUUGACAAAUAAAUACAUUAAGAUGGGCGGAACCAUGCGUUUGGUGGGCGGAACUCAGAAUGUGUAGUUUUUGGGCAGGUGGUAUUUCUAGCUUCCCGUUCUCUACCGCCUGCUACGCAGGCUACUGUAGGAACUGCUAUACUAUAAAUGUACUUAAUUUAAGACUACUAUAAAUUUAAAAAAAAACAGUUACCGGUUUCUAACAAGUUUUAAUUAAAAUUUAGUGACUUUCAAGAGUGUAGAAAACAUAUUGAGAACCUAGCAACAGCCUAGAGUUCACAUGUCAGACAUGACUGUCAGGAAAGCAACAGGUUAAGACAUACACACCAAUGGUGAUAAUUGUUUAGUUUCAGUUGUUUACAGACUAAUUAUGUUGGAAUUUAUGGCUUGUAUUUUAUAAUUUUACAAUGAUGAAACUGAGAGCAAUAAGAAGGCAGGGUGUUAGCUACAGUAAAAAAUUUGGCGUUUAAUACGCCGUUUUCAUAUAUGCUUCAAACUUCAAAAAGUGUUACGACGAUGUCAUGUAGCCUAAAAUAUAUAUUUGUCUGUUUUUAGUACACAAAACAAUAUCAGGUGACUUGCACUUCAAAAGUUUCAAUAGAGCUUUCCGGUAAUUACGUUACAACCUUACUGUUUUCAACUUAGGACCACCUUAAAUGGAAAGGAUUUCAAGUUUUUUUCUCAUGGGCUAUGCACAGAGAAGCAGAGCAUCCUUCCUCAACACAUGCAUGAAAAAGAAUUUUGGAUUUUGACUAUUAAUUAAAUGUGGAAAUAAGCUUAAACACAAAAACGAGGCCAUAGCCCCUCUUGGCCCCUCAGCCUCAUUUUUGUGUUUAAUUUAAGCUUAUUUCCAUAUUUAUUGGUCAAAAACCAAAAUUAUUUUUUAUGCAUGUGAUAAAGAAUGAUGCUCUGCUCCUCUGACCAUAGCCUGUGAGAAACAAACUUGAAAUCUAUUCCAUUUAAGGUGGUCCUAAGUUGAAAACAGUGUAGUUGUGACGUAUGUAAUUACCGGAAAGGUCUAUUUAGCUCAGCUGGCACUAGGCUACGAGAACGUCACUUAAGAAACACGAUAUUCCUUAACUCCUGUCUGAAUGUCGCAGGCUAACUGGAAUUCCCAAUUUCAUUAAAUUGCCAAAUUUUUUAAUUAAUUAAUCUUCUGGCUAACACCCUGGAAGGUGAACAUAAACUCUACCUACAGUAGAUGGCUAUGGAUCGUGACAUGUACAGUAGUAGGUUGAUGUAGAAUGUUGAUAAUUAUCUGGGUUUUUUUAAUUUUGAAUAUCUGAUAUUAUGUUUACUGUUUAUAAAAAUAUCACUAUGCCAAAAAUAUCUAGUUAUGCUUGGUAUGUUUUAUAUUGAGGAUGGUAACAUAUUGUGCACAUAUGGACAGGAGUGUGCAUCUCAUCUAGAAUAAGUCAGUAUGGCGCAGAAAAUGUCAGCGUCAACCAUUGUCUGAAUAUAGCAUACAAUUCAAUGGUUUAUGCUUAUAUUCAGUUCAAUGGCAUAAACAUGUUAAUAAUUCUAAUAUGGACAGUUUCCUUUGUCCUGACAUAUUUUCUAUAAAAAAUAACUGAGCUCUAUAAAACCAGACUUGCAAAUUACUGCUGAUCAUCGGACAUUGUCUGGCCAAAUUUUACUUUUCGUCUGAUUAAAGCAUCUUAUGACUGGACAUGUGACCGACCAAUUUAAGUUGGUCCAAUCUCAAAAAAAUGUAUUUUUAAUGUUUAAGUACACAAUUUUUAUUAAUGAAACACAAGCAAUAUAGACAACACUUCCCCAUCAUUUCUUGCUGCAUUAAUUAAGCUGUAAGAUUCCAUUACCAAAUCUAAGUUGCAUCAGUAAAUUAUGGUUCACGUUAUACAUAACUUUAAUUUCUACCAUGUUAUAUAAAGGCGAUGUAGAUUUAGUAAGUGCUGCCUAUAUUGCUUUCUUGUCAGUUUCAUUAAUGUGUCCAAUCAUAAAAAGCAUUGAUUGGACAAAAGGUAAAAUUUGUCAGGAUAGUGUCUGGUGACCAGCACUAAUUUGCAGCUAGGCCAGAUUAGAAUGCGUUUUAAUAUUUAUCACUUAUUUACUGAGACCGAGGGAAACAGUGUGUUUUUUGGACCGAGACCGUCGAUGUUUCCUGAGGCGAAACCGAAGGAAACAUCAACGGUCGAGGGUCCACAAAACACACUGCUUUCCCGAGGUCUCCGUAAAUAUGUGUUUUAUUAUAUAUCAAUGGUCAAAGAAACAACAAAUUAAAGAACAAAUGAACAUAAAUACAUGAAAUAUUUUAUUGUUAAAACGUUAUAUUAAACACUGUGGCUACACUGCAGUUACUUAAAGCGAAAGUUUUAAUUACGUACUAGACAUGUCCAAACAAAGAUCGCAUCUUCACGUGAUGGCGCACGUGAUUUUUUUUGUUAUUCGCCGGUCGAUAAUUAUCACUUAUUUACUGAGACCGAGGGAAACAGUGUGUUUUGUGGACCCGAGACCGUCGAUGUUUCCCAAGGCGAAGCCGAGGGAAACAUCGACGGUCGAGGGUCCACAAAACACACUGCUUUCCCGAGGUCUCAGUAAAUAAGUGUUUUAUUAUAUAUCAAUAGUCAAAGAAACAACAAAUUAAAGAACAAAUGAACGUAAAUACAUGAAGUAUUUUAUUGUUAAAACGUUAUAUUAAACACUGGCUACACUGCAGUUACUUAAAGCGAAAGUUUUAAUUACGUACUAGGCAUGUCCAAAGGUCGCAUCUUCACGUGAUGGCGCACAUGAUUUUUUUUGUUAUUCGCCGGUCGAUAACGUAUUAUCUCCCUCUCGCGCUGUUGCGAGGGAGACAGCCUAAUUUCGUCACUCUCACGUGAUAUGCACUCAACCAAUAAAACACUAGAAAAAUGCGACUUUGACUAUUGAUAUAUAAUAAUGUAUUAUCUCCCUCUCGCGCUGUUGCGAGGGAGACAGCCUAAUUUCGUCACUCUCACGUGAUAUGCUCUCAACCAAUAAAACACUAGAAAAAUGCGACUUUGACUAUUGAUAUAUAAUAAAAUGAUUUAUUUGAUGUUUUAUAUCCGAUAUAAUGAAAUUCUGUUGUUUCUUUACAGUACUUUUGAGCCAUGUUGGAAUAUUGUGAAGAGUUCUACUGAAAUAUUGGCAAAUUCAUAUACUCAAGCUGUUCAACAGCUUCAUGAUUUGAUCAAAGCAGUCAGAGAUUAUGGCGAAGCGCAAAAGGAAAACCAGAAGGCUGUAAGUUGCAAAACAAUAAAAUAAAGGUGGUUCACAUACAAAAUUAAGCUAUGUGGUUCUAGAAUUGUGAUAAAACUUUGCUCUCUACAUGCAAAGUUUACAAUUAUGUAAGAAUGAUUUUGUUUGCCACAAGGGAGAAAAUUUAGAAGCAGACAACUUAGGGAGUAGGGUUGGGCGAUAUUUCGAUAUUUUGAUUUAUCGCGAUAUUUUCGAUCACAAUUAUCGUAUCGAAGGUAGAAACUUGAGCGACGAUAUAUCGAAAUUAUCGUCAUGCUCGAUGACUAUCGUGAUAUUGCUUCGCAUGUGUAUAUAGCUGUUAUAAAAUCCUAAACAAUUCUUUCAAUUCCCUAGAAAAUAUAGUUUUUAAAAGAAUUAAAACUAUUUCCUGAAUUAAAUACGAAUUUAAUACGAUACAAAAGCUAAUAUUUAUGUAUUAAUCUGCUGAACAAUGGAAUUGCAGGCUUUGCUUGCGCUGUGUGCCCACGGCAUUUGUGCCAGCGGAGACACAGUAGACACUGCAUAGACAGUUCCAGUUUAUGAACAGUAAAUAUUAGACUAGAAAAAGCAUUCGUAGUACUUUAAUUUGUUGUUUUACUUGUUGUUAAUAAGAUUAAUAUAUUUAAGCUUGCUAUGUAAUGAUAUUAAUUAAAAUUGAAAAAAUGUGGUCAUUGCUUUUAUUGCAUUUAUCGCGAUAUUAUCGAAUAUCGUGAUGAUUUCCUUGGCAAUAAUCGUGAGGUGAUUUUUUUUAAUAUCGUCCAACCCUAUUAGGGAGUGGUCAUUGGUCGGGGGUGGGGGGUGGGGGGUGGUCUCACCGAAGAGAAAAGGGUUGUGUAAACAGAAUUUUGAGUAAGUAAAAGGUUGGGUAAGUGUAAAACAAAACAACCCAAGGGUUGGGUAAUAAAAAAUAUUGUCAUUUCCAAGGCAUGACUCACUGAAAUAUUGGAGACUGAAAAGCAAUGUCAACAGUUAUAUGUCAAUACAAUAUGUGAAUCAAUCAGAGCAUUUCUAUAAACUGUGAUCAGAGUCACUAUCUUGACCGUUUUCUGAUCUGUUGGGCAAAUGGUGUCUCCAAAGAAACUACAUGUGCAGACAAUAUUAAACUUUAGACUGCAGAAACUUUCACAAGCCGUUAUCAAACUCAUGUCACAGAAAUGGUGAAGGACUGGUACAUCCUUUUGUAAAGUGUUUGGCCAGGGGUGGAUAUUUAUUUUUUAAUUGAUAUUUGAGGUUGGGUAAUCAAAUGUUUCGACUUUUUAAUGGUUGGGUCAGCAGAUGUUUUCCCAAAUUAUGCCACCCCCACCAUAAAUAAUGACCAGUAUAACCCUUUAAGUAUGAUAUUUUCUGUGUUGGUGUAGUGUACGCAGGUGAAUAAGAUUUCUAUAUCUAAUGCCAGACUUUACUAGUCAAGGAGAGUGUGUGCCACUUAAUGGUUAAUCCGCCUAUACACUAUCUGCCUAGUAUGCACCUUACUAUAUUAGUCUGUCUAACCCCAGAUGAUUUUACCCGUCAAGGGGAGAGUGCCGUCACUCGUUGGGUUAAGGAGAGACAAAAGUAUUUAAAUGACUCCUUGUAGGUGCCAUUUACUGUACUGUACGAAUGUACUACAUUUUCUAUUUAGUUGAAAGAUGAUUUAACUGCAACAUCUGAAGUUGUGACAUCAAUUCAAACCAAAACUGCAGCAGUACUGAAGGUCUGUAUAUUGACAGUGAUUCAUCAUAUUAUUAGUACUGGUUCUGUAGAGACUGUACUUCAAUGUACAGUACCUUGUGGCGACUCUCUAGUACUAUCUCAGACUGCAUUUAACCCAGCCAAGGACACAUUUAGCAUUUCUAAAAAUAUAUCAUUGUCAAAUUUAUUCUUUGUUUGCAAUCACGUGACUUUUCAUCCAAAUGACGGGCAAUCGAACAACUUGUGGACGAUUUUUCUCCUAUCAAAAUGGUUGUACCAAGAAAAACUGAACGACAAUUCAUCGAUCAAUACAUUAAAAUAGUUUUUUGUUAUACCUGCCCGUCAAUUGAAAUCCCAAAAUUACGUCAUUGCAAACAAAGAAUUCGUGAUUCUUUUACUUAGCAAGUAUUUUUAAGAAGGUUUCAAGGCACAGUUCAGCCUUUUGAAUGAUGGUUUUUAAGGCGCAUUUCAACCCUUUUAAUUGAAAAAACUAACUAGGAAAAUCAAUUGUACAUAAUUCAAGAUCAGUAAACUCAAUGUUUUUUACAAUGUUAAAAACAUUAAGUUUGCUGAUCGUGAAUAAUGCUUAAUUGAUUUUCCUAGUUAGUUUUUUCAAUUAAAAGGGCGCCUUAAAAACCAUCAUUCAAAAGGCUGAACUGUGCCUUUAACAAUUAAUAAUUUAAAUACAUAUGAAAUGAAGAGUCGGAGCGUACUGUAAUGUGCAUUUUGUUGUUGUUUUCAUAUACGCGUGAAACAGGCUAAGGACACUUACUACUCAAGGUGUCAAGAAUUCGAGAAAGUCAAAAAGGAAACCACGAAUGCAAAAGAUAUUGAAAAGGUUUGUACAUUACUAUGAAAAAAAUAUAGCUCGUUAGAACAAAAGCCAAUCCAAAAUAAGAUAUACGUGCAUCGUAAAUGAAAACAGGUUAAAACUGGGAAAAACUACUGUAUUAAGUAAAUUCAAAGGGAAUUCUUUAUACAGUACCAAUCUAAAAUGAACACGUUUUGUGAUAGCUUGCUUAAACAAAAGUCGUUGCAUGUUUGCGAUUUGUUUUUUAGAAAAUCCAUUCUUUACUUUUAUUGUACAUGUUUCAUUGUUAUUAACCAAUUACUGACAAUUGCUGUUCAUAUACUGUAGGUACAUAUGAGUAGGCGACCCUUUGUGUUUUCUUGCUUAAUUGCUUGCAAUGCCAAUUUCAACAUUUAUGCAUAAUUUAAAUUGUUUUAUUUUAUAGGCUGAGCAAAAAAAAAUCCGUGCAGGUACGAAGAAUACGAUCUUAUAUGAACGUUUAUUAAUUCAAUGCUAAUUUACAUGUAACGUGUAUGUUGGUAUCUAAGAUACACACUGUAUACCGUUGCUGUGAAUAUACUUGAUACCGUUUUUAAAAACUGAGAAAAGCUAAUUUGAUUCAAGGAAAUUCGUUUUGUUGCAUGUUAAGCCCUGAUUUCGCUCGCUACAGCAUAUUAUGCCUGUGGACUCCGAUGCAACUCUUGUUCUCGCGUUUUUCUGAGGUUAGGAAAUCUUCACGCAAACCCUCGCCCAUCAACUCUCCUCGAGUAUACGUACAUUGGGUAUUUCGCUUUUGAUCCUGAUUGUGAGCAUAACUUUAUUUUAUAAUUUUUUAUUCUCAGAGUACAUUGCAAUGUAGUCAUUGGUGUUUCUUAUUUGCAGGAGAGGAAUAUAAAGUGUUAAUAGAAAAACGAGAAGAAGUCAGGAAGACGUUUCAUUCCAAAAUGAUAGAAACUUCAAAGGUUAACACAUCUUCCAUACAAAUUCUAAAAUACUGUACAGUGAACUAUAGAUACAGUACUAUAGAAAGACCUAAUCUCUUGUAUGACGUCAUGAAAUAGAAAUUUAUUUGUUCUAGAAAUUUGAAGAAAUUGAAAAUAAUCACUUGAAAACUAUGUCGGAACACUUGAUUUCUUAUAUUGGAACUCUUGAAACUGGCCAGGAAGCUGUUCAAAAGGUAAUUACUUAAAUCGUAUAAACGCUAAUUUUAGGUAAUUUUUACAGCUUGUGCCGUGACGUUUCCCACCUGAUUCACUGUAUAUGUCUGUUCUAGGUUAUCGCUCAUUUCAGAACUCAGGUAAAAGAACUAACAGCUGACAAAUUGCUGGAUCAAUUUGCGAAAGAAAAAGGCACUGGAAGAGACGUACCAGGUAUACAUGCAGUACUUAUUAUAAGCAUGCUACAGAUUAUAAAAAAAUACUGUAGAGUGGGCAUUGCGGGAAAAGUCGAGGGACAAAUUGAAGCUUCCUAAUGGAGGCGAAUAACGCUCUCUGAUUGGCUAACAUUUGAAGUUGGCUCCUUAUAUUAUGGAGGUAGCAUACUGUAGCUCCAUAACUUCUGCAUGUAGAAGUAUAUUUUUGCACAUGGGAUAUUGCAGACUUUUUCAAGUAUUUCUAACCUCGCACAAAAUUUAAAAGCCUUUACUAAAAGCGUUCAUUUUUAAACAUUUGCUGGUAUGCAAUUACAGUAUAUACAUGCAUUCUAUACACUUUAUAGUUGAAAUAGUUUUUGAAGAGUUUGCUGCCACUGGGUCACUUGUUGAUAUUGAAGUUCAAGAAUCUCCAAAUCUUAAUAUUAGAACACAGUCUAUUUCAGGUAUGCGUUUUAUAGUGCUGGUGUAUUUACCAAGGUGUAUUUACCUGGUGUAUUUAUUUUAUAUAAUAAACAGAAAAAUACAUGGGUGCUUGGAAAUACCAGAUUUAUUUCUCGUGUUGAACAUGAUAUCAUGCUCAACACUCGAAAUAAAUCUGGUAUUUCCGCGCACCCAUGUAUUAUUCUCUAUCUAUGCAUGGUAAAAACCUUGCAUCAUUUCAUAAACUUAACUGUCCACUCCGUUAGCGGCAUAUUUUCAUUAUUAAAAAAAUUACAGUAUAAUUAUAUAGUUCAAGAAAUUAAAAGAACUGUUUUCAGCUUUUUUAUAAAAAGCCACAUACUGCACAUGCGAAGCGAUAUUACCAUAGUCAUCGACCAUAACGAUAAUUACGAUAUAUCAUCUUUCAACCUUCGAUACGAUAAUAUCGAAAUAUCACCUCAUUAUCGCUUUAUAGUGUUUGUAACAUAAUUUAAGCAGGCGACGUUUUGGUUAUAACACAGACGUCAUGUGUGCGAAAUUGAACCGUUCUCUCGUAGAUGACGACAAACGUUUUUGCUUCAAAUCACGAAGUGCGUGAAACCAUAUCAGAAACUGUAUGGAUGGGCGAUCUUGAUUUAAAUCAUGAUCACGCCAUAAUUAUCGGUUGCAACUGUGUGCGCCUUACGUCUGUGUUAACUGGACUGCGAGCGGUCCCUCCUUUCCGCGGCUUUGGCUUCCCGGGCGUGUGAGGGGAGGGACUGCCGCCAACACAUCAAGAAACGAAAUACGCGCACUUUUCGCUCUUGUCAAGUUGGUUCCGCCUUUGCAUAACCAUUGAUUAUAUCCAAUUAAUUCUAUUCAAUAGGAACCGCUCAAUUAAGCCUGUCAUGUUUAUUUAUAAAAUCAACAUUCAUGCAAAUCUGGAAAUUUUUAUAACAUAAAUGCAUAAUUAAUACAUAUCAGAUUUGAUUGACAGGCAUAUUGAUUUCGACCAAUGGGAAUUUUGCGUUGUGUGGGCAACGCGUAUUUCGUUUCUUGAUGUGUUGUCGGCAGUCCCUCCUUUCUCUGGAGGAACUGCUCGCAGUCUAGUGUUGACAAGAACGUCGACUGCUCAUUAACAUGCUUCCCAAUAUGUCAUUCUGUUCUACAUACUGUAAUUCAUGUCAUUCUGGUUCCUCAGCAUUUCGUAAAAAGAGGAAAGAAAAGGAUAAAGAGAAAGAGAAAGAAACUAAAGAAAAGAAAGAAAGGAAGACGAAGAAAAAGAAAGAGAAGGAGAAAAUACAAACUCCUAAUGGAACUAUGUAAGAUAUUUUAGUUUUUAUUCUUAAUUCGCCCUAGGUUAUGGCUGAAGUACCAGAAUUAAUCCUUUAGUUUUAUGAACUGAUAACUUGUUUAGCGAUACGGUCCUUUAGAAAAAUCUGGAAUUAGCUGGAAUGGUAAUAUUAGAACUGUUUACCUUCAUAGCUAUUGGACGUCAAUUUCCGCCAUCCUAGUUUCACUUUUCUUAUAGGAUUGACUGAAGUUCUUGCUCCAAAUAUAUUUAUCACUUAUUUACUGAGACCGAGGGAAACAGUGUGUUUUGUGGACCCGAGACCGUCGAUUUCCCGAGGCGAAGCCGAGGGAAACAUCGAUGGUCGAGGGUCCACAAAACACACUGCUUUCCCGAGGUCUCAGUAAAUAAGUGUUUUAUUAUAUGUCAAUAGUCAAAGAAACAACAAAUUAAAGAACAAAUGAACGUAAAUACAUGAAAUAUUUUACUGUUAAAACGUUAUUUUAAACACUGGCUACACUGCAGUUACUUAAAGCGAAAGUUUUAAUUACGUACUAGGCAUGUCCAAAGGUCGCAUCUUCACGUGAUGGCGCACGUGAUUUUUUUUUGUUAUUUGCCGGUUGAUAACGUAUUAUCUCCCUCUCGCGCUGUUGCGAGGGAGACAGCCUAAUUUCGUCAUUCUCACGUGAUAUGCUCUCAACCAAUAAAACACUAGAAAAAUGCGACUUUGACUAUUGAUAUGUAAUAAAGACAAUUGUCUUGCCCAGUAUGACGUCCAUUCACUGAUUUUGACAAGUAUCAUGCACAAUUUCUGUUCUGUAUAAUCUUGUUUAAUCCAUAUCUUGGAUUUCUCGCGAUGUUAUUUUUCGGACUUUAAUAGACAAUUCCCAUAAUACGUGUAGAUUAAUUUUAAACCACAGCUAGAAAGAGCAUACUAAAAUGAGUAAAAUUGCAAAGUUUGGUUGCGAAAUGUUGUCAAAUGCGGAAAAUAUAGCCUUGCAAAGUUUGCAAAUUUUGUAUACUUUUGUAUUGAGUGUGGAAAUUGCUACCAUUUUCGGCCCAAAUGAUACAAAAUUCGCAAACUUUGCAAGGCUUUAUUUUCCGCAUUUGACAACAUUUCGCAACCAAACUUUGCAAUUUUACUCAUUUUAGUAUGCUUUUUCCGGGAAUAUACUUUUUUGCCAAAAUAAAAAAAUUAGUCUAUAAUGGGAAUUGUCUAUUGUUUUGUCGCCUGGUUAUUCUGUGUGGCACGUUUCUAAUGCACGGAAGUGAGUGGAGCAGGUGGGGUGAAAACAUAUGAAAUGCAAAAUUACUUCCACUGUAUUAAGAUUAAAGUUUUCCAUAAAAUGGCGGAGAGAUAAAUUUAAGUGUAUAUUUUUUGCGUUUUACUUUCCUUUAUUAUAGUGAAACAAGUCCUGAAGCAAAUCCAGCCGAAGCUUUACCAGGGGUAUGGAAAUCAUUUUAGCAUUUAAACAGUGUCAUGGUCAACAUAAAGUGCUUGUUCUGAGUGUUUGUGUGUAGUAUUUUAUUAUGUAAGUCACGUGUGCAAUUUUUUGUUUUAGAACGAUGAUGGUAUGGAAGUAGAUGAAGAAGGAUACAGGAUUAUACCAAAGGAUACAGAAAAUAUCCUUUCUUCACACGUCGAGGAAUAA